GUACAAACAACAAGACAGCAGCUACCGAACAAAACCAAAGAAGAUGAAAAAGGAGGAAGGAGGGGUUGAAGCGAUAAAUUGAAAACAGAAAUGGCGGGUUGUAAAAGCUGCUGGCUGCACACUGAAAACACGACUGACCAGCUGAUGAUGUUCCAGUCGGUUGGAGAAUCUUUUUUAUAACGUCAACGGCGUCGCGAAGCCUUAAAAUAGCAUGUAGCUAAAACAUGCUAACCAGAGUUGCAGCUGUGUUUAAUAGCAGGAAUUCCUUUCUGCGUUAGCUAGCUAGAAGUCGAUUGUUUUGUUUUUUUAAUUGCCAACGUUAUCGCUACUAUUUCGGCAGUAGUUUAAAAAGUACACUUUAGCAACCUUACUGUGGUCAAAUCUUUACGGAACACCAGUUCGACAGUCUGUCAGUCGAAAUAACUGAGAUUCGCAGCUGCUAAACAUUUGGAGAGGAACCAGUUAGAGUUACUAGCCUCCGGAGAAACCAUGUCCGUCAAUGGGAAAGUCAUCCCGCACACCCCGCUGGCUGUAGACUACUGGUACAUUCGGAAAUGUCCAGGCACCCGGCUGUUCUUUCUGUCCCACAUGCACAGCGACCACACGAUGGGUUUGACAUCCACCUGGAGCAACAGGCCCAUCUACUGCUCCCCGACCACCGCCACCCUGCUCAGACUCAAGCUCCAGGUGAAAGAACAGUGGAUCCAUCCUCUAGAGCUCGGUGAGCCAUACCUGCUCCCACUGGACGACAUCGGCAAGGAGAGGCUCACGGUCACACUGAUAGAUGCCAACCACUGCCCAGGAUCUGUCAUGUUUCUCUUCGAAGGCUACUUUGGCUCUAUCCUGUACACUGGUGACUUUAGAUACACUCCUUCAAUGCUGCGUGAGCCGUGCCUGAGGACAAACACCACUAUAGACGUCCUGUACCUGGACAACACCAACUGUGACCCCAACCGAACUCUGCCAACCAGACAGAGAGCGACUCAGCAAAUCAAAGAGAUCAUUCGCAGGCACCCUAACCACACUAUUGUCAUAGGCCUGUAUGCGCUCGGUAAGGAGUCGCUGCUGUUGGAGCUGGCGAUGGAGUUUAAAACCUGGGUCGAGGUCAGCUUUGAGAGGAUGGAGACCCUCAAAGCUCUGGAGCUGCCUGACGUCUUCACUACUGAGACAGGGGCCGGUCGGAUCCGAGCCGUGGAUCACUCAGAGAUUUGUUUUUCCGCUUUGCACCAGUGGAACAACGAGCAGCCCACGCUGGCCAUCUUGCCCACCAGCAGGCCUUUGGUCUCCUUUCACCCCAGCGUCCACGUAGUGCCCUAUUCAGACCACUCCUCCUACCAAGAGCUGGAGGAUUUCGUCUCUGCGCUCAAACCUACCUCCCUCGUUCCCAUUGUAGGAAAAUGUGUUCCUGGAAGUCUCUCUGCCUUGAUGCUCGGUAAAAAGCGCCAUGAAAUCGUGGUACCUGAGUCAGUCCGACUCUACAUGUUGAGACAGCCUGGGAUUCAGCUCGGCUCAUCGGCAUGCACAACCCUUCAACGGAGACACUUCCAACCUCUUGAUCCCAAAGGUGUGAUAUUUGAGUCUCCUGUAAGGGCAUCUAGUAGGUCAUUUGAGGAAACAUGGGAGGCAGAAUGCCUGGAGCAAGAUGGAUAUGAGGAAGACAUGGACACAGAAAGUAGUGAAAAAGAUUCUGACUGCAUCCUUGUAGACCUGAGCACACGACUGAGCCCUGACAAACACAGAAGAAGAGACAUGUGGAACCUAAACAUUGUCCAAACUGUCUCUGAAGAAAUGAUGGCGGCAGAUUUGGUCCCACUCGGUUCAUUCACGCAGAGCAGCUUUUCUCCAGUGGAGAUUCUAACCAACACCAAGGCUUGCAUGAAGCCUGUCAGGACCCCCAAAGAGCUUUUUGAAACUGACGCCAGAAUAACCAAUAAUCAGCACAACGGACAUGGAAAUGUUCGGAACAACCUCACGCCGUCAGAUGGAGAUGGCAUGAGUCGGCACGGUGAGGUUGAUCAGAACGACAGCGUGACGUUAUUUCGCAACAGCCACCGUAACGAUUCCGACACUGCAUCCCGCUCCUCGGUUGUGCUGCGUCAUGAAUACAUAGAGGAGCUCGAAAACAGACUUUUAAAGAAUCUGCCCUUCUCAGAGGAGGACUUUAAAGCUCAUGGCCUCCUGAAGAACAGCUUUGUGUAGCACUUUCCCUUCUCGUCUUUGUACAAUUCAAACAAGGAUGACACGUAUUUGACAAAUUUUUCUUUCUUUCAAAGGCCUUGUUGUGCCUCUGUGUGUUAAAAUAAUGCACUUUAAAUAACUGUUCUUUCAUUGCUAUAUAUAUAUUUUCUUUUCUUUGUUGUGCUGCUGUUGUUUUUGUUGACUUUAAAGAGGGUUGUGAUCAGAAGGUCUUUGGACUGAAACGGUUAAUGUGAUUGACUAACUUCUGCCCUUACUUUUGCCUCCUGAUUGGGGAAAAAAUGAAUCGGUGUAAUUUAUGUUUAGAUUGUUUUUUUCCACUCUUCUGUGUUGGCCUGCUUUAGCCACACAGAACAACAAAGACAUUUUCCGUUGCGGCGUCACAGCUGCUUGAUGGGACGAUCGACCACAGCCAACUCUGGCUGCUUUUGUCCAAUGAACUGUGCCGGAGACGACAGAGUUUUUGAAACUGUCUUUGUACUUUUAGAGCUCCCCUCUAAAUCUUUGUGAUUUAGAACUGGGUUUUACUCAUGUGUCCUUGUUUGUACGGAAAUGAGCCUUAAUUUACUGGUUACUGAUGGUUAGCUGAUGUUGGUGGCACAGCUCAGCAUGACUAACCAUUCCCCCUGGAAAGUCCCUAAUUGUCACAAUGUAGACGUGUACUAAUGACUGAUCUUUGUCUUUACCACCGUCCUGAAAAGCUUAAUCAUUGUUUGUCUUUCAACUGUGAUCACCUGAAAAUCAGGGUCAGUAAGUUUGAGACUUGUUUGAGUCAAAGGAUGGAAUAUUUGCAUCAAAGUGAGUUCAAAGCCAAAAGUCUGUAGAUCAGUUUUAGUCUAAAACUUAAAAUGAAUUGAAAAAAAAUGUUGGACACAGUCAUGUUUUUGCCAAAUUCCAUAUCAGCCUUUUCACUUUAACUGCCACUUUAAUGUUUCUAGUGUGUGGGCAAAGUCCUUUUUAGGGUAAAAUUGUUACCGUGGGUUUGUGUGGGAAGCUACAUUUAAAUGGGAAUAGUAAUAUUAAAGGUCCCUCUUGGUUUUGGUGUAAUCUGUGUUUUGCAUUUUUGAGCCAAGAGGUUGUUGCUACACUGGUAGUUGUGAUUGUUCUUGUUUUAUCUUUGGUGGUUGGUGGUUAUUUAGCCACCAUGACAAUGUUCUUUUGUGGGUUAAUCCACUGCUGAAGUUUUUUCUUUUUUUUUUCAAAAAUAAGGACAUUUCUAAGGGAACCUAAACUUUUGAACCAUAGUGUAUAUAAUCUGGUCUUGAUUGAUCAAAGUGAUCUGGAUUUAUAUGCAGGUUAGCAAAUUUUAACAAUACAUAGAACACUGAAAAAUUGUGAAAAAUCACCAGAAGGUCCUUGAGACUUGACUCUGAAACACUUUGUGAAUAUCUGUGUAGAUUUUUAGUCUUUCACAUCACGGUGAUGCUGACAGCUUCAGUAAAAAGCAAAUGGGUUUGUCUUUUAUCUUUGUUUCACCUUUUGUUCUCCCUUGAAUGAGAGGAGAAACAUCUUCGAGAACAUUGAAAGGAAGUCCAGUUGAAGCUCCUUGAAGAAUGUGAAGUAACUUUGCUCUGUUACAACCAAUAGAGGAUUUACCUGUUGAAUGGUUGUCCCUAUUCUAUCGCCUCUCAUUUCCUCUCAGUUCUCUACAGGAAACUCGGUAGUAAAGACAUGGAAUGCCUCUAACAUAAUACCCAGACUACCAGCAAAGUAAUUCAGAAGGAUCAAAUUUUAAAGGUAAUUUGUAAACUACUGCAUUGUAGGAAGGACAGUGAAUAUUUGACUGUAUGCAGCAGUGACUGUGGUGUCUUGUUGCUAUUAAAAAGAACAGAAAUAUUGAUGGCCUUUACUAAACCCCUGUGACUUUAAGUUCACUGGUCUGAAUAGCUGCUGACCUUUAGUGUGUGAAGCCUUCAGUUUCUCUCUAUUGUUUGGUGUGAAUUCUCUUUACACAUGGGAAAGCACAUAUAUAUCAAAACAAUGUGCUUGGAACCCAUUUAUUGCCGCUUGCAGCUGUAUUCCCGAGUGUUAGACGACAGUACUCUAUAACUGCUAUGGACCUGCAAACAUUGUGAAGCAUUUUUGCCUUUUUAUGUUGGAAAAAAUAUGACUUUGGGUUGAAUUUUUGUGCAAAUAACUAAAAUGUUAACCUACAUAUUGUCUUUUCUGAACACUCAUUUUGACUACUCACUAGCAUAAAAGAUUUAUUUCUUGUCAAAGAAGAAGAGAAAGGAACACUUCAGUACUUUUAACUGUUAGAUACAUAUUGAAUACAGGCUCCUCUUUUCAAUAAACUACACUUUUCCCAGCACA